AGAGCCUUCAGCCCAGCCUGCUCCUAGCUGUCCAGGGCUCCUCAGCAGCUGCUUCCCUCCCUGGCUGCCUCCUCCUCCCCUCUCCUGCCCUCCUUCCCCUUUCACCCCAUCCCCUGCCCCUGGACUCUGCGAACAUGAGGGGCUUGGCCUGCCUCCUUGCAAUGCUGGUGGGGAUCCAGGCUAUAGAGCGACUCCGCCUGGCUGAUGGUCCUCAUGGCUGCGCAGGACGCCUGGAGGUCUGGCACAGCGGGCGCUGGGGCACCGUGUGUGAUGACGGAUGGGACCUUCGGGAUGCUGAAGUGGCCUGCCGUGUGUUAGGCUGCGGAGGGGCGCUGGCAGCCCCUGGGGGUGCCUUCUUCGGGGAGGGCACUGGGCCUGUAUGGCUCAGUGAACUGAACUGUCGGGGCAAUGAGGGUCAGCUGGGUAUCUGUCCCCACCGGGGCUGGAAGGCCCAUAUCUGCUCUCAUGAGGAGGACGCAGGCGUCGUCUGUGUAGGUCAGCGUGCAGCUAACUCUAGAGAAGAUUCAAUGUCCCUGCUGGAUGGGGAUCCAUGGCUGGCACUGUCUGGGGAGCUAAGCCCCAGCUCAGAGGAGCCCCCUAUAACUCACGCUCCCCAACCAGCAGCAAGCUCCCAGAAUGGCCCCCGGAAGAAGAACCCCCGGCCACCCAAGCAGACCAAGUCCACCCGAGCCCCUGUACUGACAAAUGGAGCUCCCCACCAAGAGCGGCUGCGACUGGUCUCAGGUCCCCACGGAUGUGCCGGCCGCCUGGAAGUCUGGCACGGUGGACGUUGGGGCACUGUCUGUGAUGAUGGAUGGGACCUCCGAGAUGCAGCGGUGGCCUGCAGGGAGCUGGGAUGUGGGGGAGCGCUGGCCGCCCCUGGGGGUGCCAGAUUUGGACCUGGUGAGGGACCUGUGUGGAUGGAUGACGUGGGGUGUGGAGGAGGAGAGGAGGCCCUCCGAGACUGUCCCCGAAGCCCCUGGGGCCGGAGCAACUGUGACCACACCGAGGAUGCAGGGCUGGUCUGCACCGGUCCUGCACCCAGGAUACGCCUUGCUGAUGGUCCCCACGGCUGUGCUGGCCGCCUGGAGGUGUGGCAUGGUGGACGAUGGGGGUCGGUGUGUGACGAUGCCUGGGAUCUUCGCGAUGCUGCUGUGGCCUGCAAGGAGCUGGGCUGUGGGGGUGCCCUGGCCGCCCCAGGGGGCGCCUUCUUUGGAGAGGGGACUGGACCCAUCAUCCUGGAUGAUCUCAGAUGUCGAGGAAAUGAGACAGCCUUGCGAUUCUGUCCUGCGAGGCCCUGGGGUCAGCACGACUGUCACCACCGGGAGGAUGCUGGGGCCGUGUGUGAUGGCAUGCCUCUCGGUGCUGUGCAGCCUACAGUUCCUGCAGUGGACAGCAACAGCACAGCACACAGGCUUCUGUCUACCUCCGUGGGUCAGAUGCCAGGCCCAGCAGGCCCUUGGCCUCCUUCUGCUUCUCCUACUGCCCCUCCAGAGCCUGGGCCCGAAGCUGGGUCCCCCCAGUUGCGCCUGGUGGCUGGACCCAGCAGGUGCUCUGGCCGGCUGGAGGUAUGGCAUGACGGACGCUGGGGGACAGUAUGUGAUGACAGCUGGGACAUGAGAGACUCAGCUGUGGUCUGCCGGGAGCUGGGCUGUGGGAGGCCUCGGCAACCAGACCCCGCAGCAGGCCGCUUUGGCUGGGGUGCAGGCCCCAUCUGGCUGGAUGACGUAGGUUGUAUGGGGACGGAGGCUUCACUGUCAGAAUGCCCUGCUGCUUCCUGGGGGAAACACAAUUGCGCCCACAAUGAGGAUGUCGGGGUUACCUGCACUGGGACCCCCGGCCUGGAUACCAUCUCAGACCCUUUCAGUUGGAGCUGGCUCCCUGGGCUGGGUAGAGAUCAGGAUGCCUGGCUCCCAGGAGAGCUAACCACCAAACCUUCUGCCAGUCUCACCUCCAGUGUGCCACAGAAACCCACAAAGGUUCCAGGGAAAGCUCCCAAGAGUACCAAGAAGUGGGUGACUAAAAAUGCAAGGAGACCAACCACUCAGCCCCCUGGGAUGCCAACCACCAAACAUUCCAGGGCCCCAGGCACCCCAACCUCCCUACAUCCAACAGCACGUACCUCUGAGUUACCAAAGAGACUGACCACUGAGGCUCCCCACAGGCAGACCUCACAUACCACUGUAAGGCUGACCCCUAGGGUCCCCUGGGAGUGGACCUCAGAGCCUGUGGUGUCACAGUCCACUCAAGGUCCCCAAGAAGUGACCUCUGAGGCCACCACAACGGAAAACCCUCAGACCUCUUUGGAGCCAUCGGGUGAGAACACCGAAGGCUCUCUGGAAUCAUCCCAAGAUCCAGCUACCACCCCAACUGCUGGAGUCCCUGUGCCAUCAGGUCCCUUCCGGGUUCGUCUGGCUGAUGGGCCCAACAGGUGUGCUGGCCGGCUAGAGGUGUGGCAUGCUGGACUCUGGGGAACAGUCUGUGAUGACAGCUGGGACAUCCGGGAUGCCACAGUGGCCUGCUGGGAGCUGGGUUGCGGAAAGGUCCGGCCCCGAGUAGGCAAAACUCACUAUGGCCCUGGCACUGGGCCCAUCUGGUUGGAUGACAUGGGCUGUAAAGGAAGUGAGAUGUCACUGAGUGACUGCCCCUCGGGGGCAUGGGGGAAGCACAACUGUGACCACGAAGAAGACGUGGUGCUCACCUGCACUGGCUACACGGGUGAUGACGAUUAUCCUUCCUGGACCUGGGACCCUACUUCCGGAGAGGACCUGACCAAAGGGACCACAGUGGCUGCGCGGCCUGGACAUACACUUUCCUGGGCUACCACUACAAACACUGAAGUCCCCUCUCCAGCAACACAGAACCUUCCAGACACGGAUGACCAGGGAGGUUAUGAGUCUUCCUGGACGUGGGAUACACCUUCAGGAAGGGGUCUGUUCAAGGGGACCCCCACCACAACCAAGCCUGGAUCCACAGUUACCACUAGCACCAGCAAGAGUCCCGGCCACCCCUUUCCAGCUCCAAGGGCCCGUGCAGGUUCACCAAGGAAGCCAACACCUGAGCGCCGGCCGCUGCCCACCUCAGCCACCACCUCAUCUCCUGCUUCCUCCUCUUCACCAGAGCCUUCUGGCUCACGGCAGACCUCUGGCUCCUGGCCACAACUCAUCCCAGACUCAAAGCAGGAGGGGACCUCUAGCUCCCCCAAACCAUCUCUACUCACCCCAGGACUUCCCUCCCCAGCAACCUUUGCCUUGUCCACUCCUAAUACCAGUUUGCUUCCAACACGUUCCCCAGAGCUUUCAGGCAGCCCAACACCCACCUCCCCUGAAGGGCUAACCUCUGCCUCCUCUAUGCUAUCAGAAGUGAGCAGGCUUUCUCCUACCUCAGAGCUGACUCCAGGACCUGAUACAACACCAGCACCUGAAAUAAUCCCAGAAAGUUCUGACUCCUCAGACCUCCCCAUGAACACCAGGACCCCCACACAGCCGUUUACAGCCUCUCACCCCACCAGCAUCCCUCAACUCAACACAACUUCUUACCCCACCAUUGCCCCUCAACCUACCACAAACCCUCAGCAACCCAGGAGCCCUCACCCCGCCACAAGUCCUCAACCUCCCACCAAUACUCACCCUUCCUCAACCCCUGCCACCCCUACAGAGUCCCUUCCAUCCUCCCGAAAGACAGAACUUUCCUCUCCCACUAAGCCUAGACUAAACUCAGAGUUGACCUUUGAGGAAGCCCCAUCCACAGACGCAUCCCAGACGCAGAACCUAGAGCUCUUUCUAGCCUCGGAGUCCGGCCCCUCCAGUCCCUCUCCAGCCUCAAACUUGGACCCACUACCCACAGAUGCCUUCAAACCACCCAGAAGCCAGACCUUACACUCAGCUUCAGACCACCUCACUCAAGGGCCAACCCCUAAUCACAACCCAGAUCCUUUUGGGCCAUGUGUGUCCCCAUUACCACCAGUAAGGGUCAUGGCUUGUGAGCCACCUGCCUUGGUGGAGCUGGUAGGUGCUGUGAGGGAGGUGGGUGACCAGCUGCAGAGACUGACCUGGGUCCUGGAGCAGGACCGGCAGGAGCGCCAAGUCCUGGCACUGGGCCUAGCCCAGUUGGUAGAGGCUGCUCAGGGGUUGGGGCAGCUGAGUGAGACUGUAAAGAGGCUAGCAGAGGUGGCCUGGCCCCCCAGCACUCCUGUGCCCAUGACCACCACCACAGAGGAGGAGGAGAGGCCUCUGAGGGGAGAUGUGUGACCCACUCUGAAAUUCACGGUGCUUAAGAUACUCUUAAACAAAAGCCAACGUAUGUACAAUCGAA